AUGGUUUAUUCUCUUUUCAGAGAGGACGCAGUGGAGAUGUGGCUCCGUCGUGUGUUUCAGUAUGCAGAACCUCCCAAUAUCACCAACCUCACUGCUCACGGCACCAGUCCAAAGAGCGACGUCCUUCGGUUGGCUGGCAAAUCGCUGAGAUGGACGACGUUGGGAGUUGCGUAUAACUGGGACACUAAAGAGUACCCAUUGACUGGUGAUCCUCUGCCAGAAGAGCUCGUCCAAUUUGCAGAUGUUGUCACGAGAUAUCUUGGACUAGGAGAUAUGCAUGCCGACGCGGCCAUAGUGAACUACUAUCCGCCCAAGUCGACUCUCUCACCUCAUGUAGACAGGUCAGAACGAACUUCCGCUCCACUGGUGUCGUUCUCUUUGGGUCAGUCAGCAAUCUAUCUAUCAGGAGGCGAUUCACUUGACGACGAAGUUAUUCCAUUGUGGCUUCGCUCUGGAGACAUUCUGGUGAUGCACGGCGCUCAACGGCUUGUCUAUCAUGCCGUCGCGGCUAUUCAUAGCCAUCGUCAGUUCACCUUUGGUGAUCCACUUCUCGAGCAGUUUGCUAACACCAGUCGGGUGAAUAUUACAGUCCGUCAGGUGAAUCCAACACCGUCAUAG